AAUCUGGCACACAAAAGCUACCAUUGAAAUCUUUCGAAUAAAAGACGACUGGAACCACUCACUGGCUGACGGUGGUCGCGUUCGAUCGCCACUUAUUGUUCCGUUUAUCAUUCAAACUUCAGUACUCCACCACACACACGGCGACCAUGAAAAUAACGUGCACACACACAUUCGGGUUACUCCCGAACGCAAACCUGUUUCGCCCCGGAUGACGUUCGCUGUUGUAGCACGGCCUCCUGGCUUUGGAGGCACCAAAAUGGCGCACCAGAAAUUGGCGUUCGGUGUCCUUCAAUUAGAGCGAGCGCCUUCCCCGGAACCCAAAACCACCGACCAAACCACCGUUGGAUGGGUGCCCUAACAAAGGGAGGAGUUCUAACCCACUCUAAACACCAGCCCAUAACAGUUGGGUAGAAGGUUAGCGAGGGCUCGAUUGCAAAAGCCCACUUCCGCCGUGACAUGGCGGCGGUGUCACCUCCGGCAAGUGCUCGGUUUCAAUUGUCACCAGUGACACGAGCGGGCCAACCACUACGAAGGGCAACACUUAAAGAGAGACAGCUACAAAGCACCCAUGGGAUAGAAAGAGAAAGCCCACAAACUGUUUCACUAUCGUACAUCUAAAAUGUUUGCUUCUUUCUUUGAGUUUUUUGCCUCUAUUUGCUAAUUUUCCCUCCCUCAACUGCUUCAGCGCAAUAAACUGGCCUGAGACCUAUGCAUUUACCUCCUAAAUGGUUUGAUGCCCAAGGUUGUUGCACCUCGAUGCACUAUUGCCUCUUGCAUGCCAUCCACCCGUUCCUGCCAUCCAUCCUGACGCUCAUCCCCCAUUGCCAGUACACCAACACGCAGACCAACGCCAUAAACACACACAUACAAAAACAACUCCAAAACGUCGUGGAAAACCCAUCAUCGGCGGUGGAUACGAUGGGAAAGCAAUCGAUUAAUAAUGCAAUUUUCCCCCCGUGUUGUUGUUCUGCUUGCCUCUUCUUUCCCACGGCGGCGGCGGCCCACCACCAUUCCAAACCGACAAAACCGGCACAAACCAAACAAAUCUCACGAAACAAAUCAACACCGGCACCGGCCACCAUAUCCAGAGUAGAUAUGUUCGUGCAUCAGAAGUGGGUCGAAUCGCGGCUGGAUCUGCACGACGACAUUUUCGAGGAGGGCGACGAUCACGUGAUACUUCCGCCGGAGUUUUUCGAUAAUCUAUGGCAACCGGAUCCGUACUUUCUCAACUCGAAGAUAUCAGAAAUUGCAACACUCACGCACAAGUUCUCGUCGGUGACGCUGUACAAAAACUCUACCGUCCGGUACGCCUGCAUGAUGCACGCCAUCAUCGCCUGCCAGAUGGAGUUCCAGCUCUACCCGAUGGACAUCCAGAUCUGUCCGAUCUACAUCGAAAGCUUCUCGUACCACAACCAAAAGAUACGGCUCAAGUGGGCCGACAACGGUGUGACGAUCAAUCCCGAGCUGAAGCUGCUCCAGUACAACCUCGGCCAACCGCUGCAGCUCGAGGAGACGGAUGGGUACAUGCCGGAGAAGUACGGAAACUUUUCCCGACUGGCAGUAUACUUUCGGUUCGAGCGCCAGAUAGGGCAUCAUCUGAUACAGACGUUUGCACCGUCCGCGCUCGUGGUAAUGCUGUCCUGGUUUAGCUUCUGGCUGGGGCUGGAUGCGAUACCGGGCCGUGUAACGCUGCUCGUCACCUGCAUGCUAACGCUCGUCACGAUGUUUACCGGGAUGAGGGCCGACAUUCCUCCGGUCGCGUACGUCAAGGUAAGCCAGGAUGCGCCUGAAGCUGAUAUCGCAAACCAUAUCCUUAUCUUCCGCUUUUAUCUCCCGGCAUCGCGCGAAGGCACUCGAUCUGUGGAUGGCCGGCUGUAUGCUGUUCGUGUUUUCCGCCCUCGGGGAGUUUGUCGUCGUGAAGGUGCUGGACGUGCAGUACCAGUACCAGGUGAACAAGGUGCCGAAGGUGCUGCCGAUGCGCAUCAGCGCGAUGGAGAAGGGCCAGUGCGUGGGUACGGUCGCGAACUGGGAGGGCGGCACGGUGAACGUGCGGCCCCGGAAGCCCACCCAAACGCCCACCACGCCGGGCCAGGUGUCGCUGCAGGGGAACGGUGGGCCGCAGCCACCGCUACCGCCCACGAAACAGCCGACCCGCCGGCAAAGCAUCCUGUCCGUCGCCUGGACCGACACGGACACCGGCAUCGAGAAGAUUAUGUGGCGCGAGAUCGACAAGAUGUCGCGCGUCGUCUUUCCCGGGCUGUUUCUCGUCUUCGUCGUGCUCUAUUGGCCGAUCCUGAUUUUUAAGACCUCGUAAUUGGGAGUGCGUCACGGUAUGCGUGUGCCUCCCUCCAAUCCCCCCAACAACUGCAGAAGCAGUACAGCAGCUCAGUGACGUUGAUGUUUCUUCCCCAAACCGGAAACGCUCAAGCACAAAUAGGGGCCCAUGAUUACAAAAGGGGGGGGGGGGGAGAGAAAACCGGGAAAAUCUGGAAAACGCCCUUUUGGGACGGGUCAAUGGUUUUCUGCCGGGUUUUUGUUUCCAUUGCAAUUAUAAGUUACAGUGCGGAUCGCAUGGAGAGUCGCCUCGCUGGAACAUUCUAAAAGGAGAUAAAAUGCACACAAACAAACAUUAAUACACCGGUUUCCACAAUCUUACACGCUAGGAGGAUAAGAGUGAUGCGAAUGGUCGAGUGGAUGCGAUAUAGAAGAGAGGCUGCAAAGCGUAGGUAGGACACACGAUAAACGAAAGAUCAAAUGAAAGUUUUACUAAACAUAACAAAAGUACCACUACUAGUACACGAUUACUUUCGAACCUACUGUCUACAGGGCAGAAAAAAACGAAUUCUUUCGAAGGAUUUUAACGGGAUCGGGAGGUGGAGAACAUUAGCCGCUAUCUCACCAAGCUCGCAAGCGUUCACGCAGCAGCUGGCCAGGACAAUAUCACACAGUACGACGUGCUUUAGUAGUAGGAGCCGCAGAGACCAACGCCACACGCGCAUACGCACACACAGGAAGGGUGGUCUCGCUGCGGUUGAAACGAUUGUACAUUUUAGUCGAACCGUUACGCUGACAAGGCACCGCGCGGCUAAGCUGCAUCCAACCAACCAACCGAACAAACCAAGCAAAAACACCCACAGCCGCCGUACGUAGGGGUAGCGUAGUGUGAGUCGUUCAUAUACAAAAACCAGGCAAGGGCAGUAGAGUUUAAACAGCAGCUGUGAAAGCAAUAAGUACCUUAUACAUUUAAGUACGACUAGUGGUAAUGCGUGAACGUGUGUGUGUGUAGUAGUAGUUAGUGCCUGGAACGGGGAGGGGAGGGAACGACAGUAAAGCAGAAAAGGAAAACUUAACAAACUUGCACGCAACAAACGCCUCACGCGAUUGGACACAGAACGGGUUUGGAAAGGGCGGUUUGAAGCUGUGGAAGCAAUUGGGCACGUGGCAAACGAGAUUUACAUUACGAAUCUAAGCAUAAAGGAACGCUGUGCCUUUCAGAAAGAAAAAAGGGAAAACAUUAUCCCGUUCGUUACGUUGGUCGCCUUUGCAGGACACCCUUAUUGAGAGAGAGAGAGAGAGAGAGAGAGAGAGAGAGAGAGAGAGUAGUAAAGGGCAACUGUUAUCUGUGCACUUAUUAGGUCGCUUAACUUAAUUUGUGGCGUUUUUAAUGUUUGUGGAAUUACAAAGUAUUGUACAAAAUCAAGCAACUGAUGCGGCAAAUCUUGGAGACUCAGAAUGUGCUCAGAAGGCGAGCUUCACUUCUAGCAGAUAAACUGAACUUAAAAAUUCAUUCUUAGCAAAGCAAAUCGAGAUAGGUUGCUGAAUGUGGACCAUCCGAGGCUCGGAUUCUGCCGGGACCAUUCUUCAGAAGCAUAUGCAGAUUCCAGCAUUCGCUGAUGACGUAGAUCUUCUAUACUUGAGUGCAAGCUUAAUGUCGGAAACUUCAACAUUAUAGAAACACCUUCAUCGGCCCUGAUAGCAAUCGAAUCAUUGAGCAGGAGUGACGCCAAUCCGUUAGAUAUCCCGCGAUUGCAGGUGGACGAGUCAUGUCACUUCAACAACCUUCAACAGUAGAUCGAAGAACCCUAGGCACCGGGCCCAGACUGGUUAGACGCAAAAAGUGCCUGACAAGUGAAAUAAGUAAUUGUCAGAUUACUUUGGCGCCAACAAUGAGACCUAGUGUACGUAUAGGAAAAAAAACUUCCUUGCGUUAGAGCUUUCAGUUUAGAGAAUCACCUAUUUUUACCACGUUUCAACCACAUCAUCCGGUGGUUUUCUUAAGGCUGAAUUCUCAUGUCAUGUACAGAGAGUCAGCAAUCUCUUGUUCUUCUACUACUUUUAGUGCUGCAGCUUUGGGAGGUCUUCAUCUACAAUAUCUGGCUUCCUUCACUUAAAUUGCUCCCCCUGUCAUUCCUUCGUACGGGGAGACGACGAUACGGAUGGGAUUCAAUGAAGGUUCCUUGGUGUUGGGACCAAGUUCUCCAUCAGGUAUCUCUUAUCAGCAACUUCCGAUGAUAAUGACUUAAAGAUGCUGACAGCUGUUAUGCCUUGCUAUUAGCCAAGCUGUACAAUCUUUUUUCCUUGGUCUCAGAUUGUGAGCGAUUAAGCAAUGGAGCCACCAUUUUCCAUGUCAGUGAGGACCAGAAAUGUAACGUCCAGAACUACACUACUCAACAACUAUUCUCAGUUGUUAGAAAAAUCUCCAAAAAAGCAGUAUACAAAAAAUUAAGAACGAACCAAACAAAAAACGAACGCCACAAAUUAAGUUAAAGAAGCUAAUGUAAUGUAAACUAAACGUAGCAACUAAAAGUAAAAACCGAAAAAAUCAUCAUGCCUUCUAAAAAAAAACAAACUAAAACGAACCGAUCGAAAGUCGGUCGGGACAAUUAAUUAAUUGCGAGCUGUAUUCCGCUUGCCUGCUGCGAAACACACUUGUACACACACACACCAAAUUGGAUCGCAAAUCAUCAUUGUGAUAACUAUUAGCUAGCAAAAAGAAAGAAAAAAAAUUGAAACGAAAACAAUAACAAACACACCAGCAGGAAUGUUGUAGGAAGGUAUAUAGUUAAGGUCGACAAACAGCUUAGACUGCAGCAAACGACGACGAAAUUGCAGAAGUGGGCAUCGAAGGAAAGGUUUGAAUAAAAUGCACAGUGGCUCGAAACGGAAAUCGGGACACCUAAAAAUGGAGCAAUUGCUGGACUUCGAUUUUCUUAGCCUAGGGCUGAUCAGUCAUCAUUCUCUUGUCGCUUCCAUAUCAACUAGCUUUCUUUGCCAUUUAAUCGAAAACCCCUGUAUCAAUCAGAAAACUUUCGCUGUUCAGUUCCCUGGACCGACAUACAAGCAUACAAAACAACAACUAUUUUUCAUAUCUUCUACAUAGCAGUUUUCCUAAAAUGGGUUUCCUUUUGUUCGGAAAGUACUCCGCGGCCUAACUCUCCCAAAACUGGCCAUUUUUGUAUUAUCAGAUUUAGAAAUAACCCGUAUGUCCUGCAAACAAUACUCUUUCCUCGAGCGAUCAGGUGGGGACGUACAGGCCUAUCCGGUUCAAGAUGUCGCUAGCCGCCGCUUCUCUAAAGACACCAACCCCAGUAGUUGACAUCGGUUGUCAUAAGGAGGAUGGGACUGAUUGGAGGAGCCAAGAAGCCUACGGGAAGCCGGCUUGGCGAUCCAAACUGUAGCCGAGGGACACGAGAUGAUUGGCUCCCGCAUUCAAGGAUGGAUCGAACCAAGCUGCAGAAAAGCGACUUUAGACAUGAGGGGUCAGAC